UUAAAAUCUGACGCGUCUUACGUCCUACGUCACUUCCCCCGCAGGGCGCGAAAACUGUACUUUCACUUCUCCAACAGAACACCCCUCCGCUCUGAGGUCUGAGCUCUGAGUGAGACAGCAAACAUGUCCAGAAUAGACAAGAUGAGCAUCCUCGGGGUGAGGAGUUUUGGGAUUGAGGAUAAAGACAAACAAGUCAUUUCUUUUUUCACCCCCCUGACUGUCCUGGUCGGACCCAACGGAGCAGGAAAAACGACUAUCAUAGAGUGCCUUAGGUAUGCGACGGCAGGAGAACUUCCACCUGGAUCUAAAGGAGGGGCAUUUGUUCAUGAUCCAAAGGACGCCCAUGAGACGGACGUGCGAGCACAGAUUCGACUUCUCUUCUCUGACGUUAAUGGAGAAAAAGUGACGAUCCAUCGCUCCAUGUCCUGCACGCAGAAAGCCAAGAAUUACUCCUUCAAAAGUUUGGAGCAGGUCAUCACCAGAAUGAAGAAUGGUGAGAAGGUGAGCUUGUCAUCAAAGUGCGGUGAACUGGACCGGGAGAUGAUUUCGUCUCUUGGCGUGUCGAAGCCGGUCCUGAAUCACGUCAUCUUCUGUCACCAAGAAGAAUCCAACUGGCCGCUCAGCGAGGGCAAAGCACUGAAAGACAAGUUUGACUCCAUCUUUGCUGCAACCAAGUAUAUCAAAGCUCUGGAGACGAUGCGUCAGCUCCGUCUCAAACAGACUCACACGGUCAAAGAGUGUCAGGUGGAGCUGCGCUACCUGAAGCAGAACAAGGAGAAAGCCCAGCAGAUUCGAGAGACUGUGGCCACCAAGGAGGCUCAGCUGGUGGCCUCUAAAGACAGCGUCCAGCAGAUAGAGAACCUGAUCGAUCCACUAGAGAUGAGGCUGACAGACAUCGACAUGAAACUGGGAAAAGUGAUGAAGCUGGAUAACGACAUCAAGGCGUUAGACAGCAGGAAGAAACAGAUGGAGGAGGACAACAAGGAGCUGGAGGAAACGAUGGAACAGGUGUUUCAGGGUUCAGAUGAGGAGCUGCAGGACGCCUACCAGAACCACCAGAGGACGGUGAGGGAGAAGGAGCGGAGGCUGACGGACUGCCAGAAGGAGCUGGAGAGAGCUGGACGGGAGUGUCAGAGACUCAACAGAGUCAAAGCCGAUCUCCUGGUGGAACAAGGUCGUCUACAGCUCGAGGCUGACCGACAAACCCAGAACAUCAAGAACCGAGACACUCAGGUUCGCUCUCUGUCAUCCUAUCUGGACAUGGAGGGUUACGACCGGCCUCCCUUCACAUCUCUCCAGCUCGAGAGCUUCAAUCGUCACGUCACACAGAGACUGGAGCAGGAAAAAAACACUGUCACUCAAGUUCUGGCCGACCUGCAGCAAAAGGAGCAGCAGAAGCAGCAGUCCAUCGACGAAAUGAGAGACAAGAAGACCGGUCUGGAGAGAACCGUGGAGUUGAAGAGAGACCUGCAGGGGAAGAAGCAGAAUGAACUGAGGAACAUCAGAGCUGAGCUGCAGAGGCUGGAGGGCUCGUCUAGUCGACUUCAGGAGCUGGAGACUGAACUGACGAAGGCGCUUCACAAAGUGAAGAAUGGGAAGGAGGUGUGUGGGAUUUAA